AUUGAAUUAGCCUUUCCUAAUAUUUGAAUUCUUGUGCAAAAUGAAAGUGUUAAUUGUUUUGACUAUUUACUUAGGGGCUGUUUUCUGUGGGUCUGUAUUACCCGAGAGAAAACCUGAAAUAAAAAAAGUUGUAGGCGGUUUUUCUGGAUCAUGUACCACAACUCGGUAUUGGGAUUGUUGUAAGCCAACUUGUGCAUGGAAGGAAAACAUUGAUACCGAUGUUGGACCUGUAAAAGCUUGUAACAUCGAUGGAGUUAAUAUAAGUGACGUAGAGGCCCAAUCUGGAUGUGGUGGAGGUAGCUCUUACAUGUGCAACAACCAGCAAAGUAUUAUUGUUAAUUCCACAUUUGCUUAUGGAUUUGCUGCCGCUGUCUUUAUAUCACCACCUGAAAAUCUUUGUUGUGCAUGUUUCCUUGUUAAUUUCCAAAAAGGCGAAUGGGGUGACUGUGCUGGAAAACAGAUGAUUGUCCAACUGACAAAUACAGGCGGUUCUAGCAGUGUUAAUGGCACCGAAAACAACAUUGAAAUUGCCAUGCCUGGAGGUGGCGUUGGGUAUUUUACAGAAGGAUGUAAAACUCAGUGGAAUGCUCCAGAUCAAGGAUGGGGUGAACAAUAUGGAGGAGUUACUACUGAAGAUGGCUGUAAUGAUCUUCCUACCCAACUACAACCCGGAUGCAAAUUCAGAUGGGAAUUCUUAAACGGAUGUUCCAACCCGCCAGCGACCUUUGAACAAGUUGUUUGUCCUCAAGAAAUUGUAGAUAUCUCAGGCUGUAAAACGGAUUAAUUAUUAAUAAAAACUUGGACAAUA